UUUUUAUGCAAAAUCGAACCGAACCGAACCGCCAAAACAGACCCCACCCUUACUCAAAACAAAAACAGCGGCACCGCCGGCAUCUGAUUUCCCCAAUCGAGAAGUGAUUGAAUUCCUGUAAAACCCUAGAAAUUCGUCCGGAAAUCUCCAUGGCACCCCCAAAUCUCCAGCAGAACAAGCCAUCCUCCGCCGUGCCACAUCUUCCUCCGUCAGUUCGUUCACAUCAUUCCCCCAGAAAACGUUUCCUCGACGGAUCUCCGUCGAAUCCGACGUCAUUUGAAUCAACCUGGCUGGAUCAGCUACCCAAGCGGAUAACCAGAGGCCAACCCAAUUUAUCCGACUGCCAUGGUUGCCGGACUCGGAUCAACCCCUCGAUACCAAAGGAUCGACUCCGAACCCUAGACAGUUACUGGAGGAUUGUCCUCCUCUGUAAGAAGUGCUUCAAUUUGGUCAGUUCUGCGCGGAUAUGCGCUUACUGCUACAAAGAGACAUUGAACUUGGACUGUUUCUCGUGCAGCCUCUGCGCAAGGUGUAUCCACAAAAGCUGCGUUUUGAGGUAUGAGCAUUCUAGCCCGUGGUCUUAUAGCCUUAAGGAAAGAGAAAAGGAUUCCGACUUUUCAGUUUGCAUAGAUUGUUGGGUUCCUAAGUCGCUUAAGAAUUCAAAAGUGUACAGUAGUGUUGAGAAGGCUGUGUUGAGAUCACGUGCCACCUGGAAUAGAUCUAAGAAUUCUUUGAAUGAUUAUGAUGCCAACCCACUGGAAAAGUCUGCAAAUGGUUCGAGUUCUGAGUCCAAUAAGAAGAUUUUGGUUUCCCAGAAAGAAGAAAAGAAGGCUUUAGGAAAGACAGUGCCAGUGAACAGGGAGAUGGAAAUGACACAUUAUGUAUUAGGACUGGCUGCUGACAAUGAAGCAAAUGAUAAUAAUCGGAGGUUGAUGGUAAGAAAUAGUAUAAAUUGCAGCAGUAGUUCUGAUGCUGAUAGUGUUACCAAGAACAUGGACAAUGCAGGAUCGGGUUUUGAAUUGCAUUUUUGUAAAAAUGCAUCUCCUCAUAUAUCAAAAAGUUCACACUUGGAAAACAAAAACAACAUCCCCAUUCCAAAUGCGAGGGAGUGCUUCAAUGCAGUCAGGGAAACAAUGGAAUAUGGAAAUACUUCCAAGUGCAAUGAAGGCGGGGAGAUUGUGGUGUACAAAAGAACUAGGCUACGAGAAAGAUGUGAUUUGAGCAUUUCGGAAGGCUCUGAUUGUGUUAGGGACAAAGAGGUCAGUUCCUUUGAUUUGAGUCAGAAUGGAAAUAAAUUAAGAACCUACAGGCGGACUAGACUGAAGAGGAAAGCACUCCAUGUGAAUGAAACAAAUAAUAUAUUCUUCAGUGUUGAUGAAAGGUGCAAUUUUGGCAAUGACACUAGAGUGAUUUCAGAAUCACACUCUAUUCAGCAAGGUGAUUUUCUCCAGCAGUCACUUCCCUGUCAAGUUAGCAUUCCAUCCCGAGACAAAUGUGAUCAAGAUGUUACCGUGGAAACUGAGAGAGGCAACACGAAGGAGGACCUUUACAUGUGUAAAUACUCUAGACGGUGUAGAGUUUCAAAACCAGUGGCACAUCAUGAAACUAGCAUGCAUGGUGAUACUUUGACUCAAGGCUUGUCUCUGCAUGAAGUGAAGUGUGAUGGAAAGGUUACUCUGCAGAACAAGAGCUACAAUAGUAGUAAGGACCGCUACUCAUUGAAAUACUCCAAGAGGCAUACAGGUCUUUUACCAGCACCCAAAACCAUAGCUGUAAAGUUAGAUCAUGAAACUGGCAUGCAUGGUGAUGCUUUGUCUCAUGAGUUGCCUUUGAAUGAAGUAAUGGAUCCAUUGCAAGAAGUAAUAGAUCAUUGCCAGGUGAAGUGUGAUGAUAUGGUUACCUCACAGUAUGAGAGCUGCAAUGGAAAGGAAUGUCGUUACUCCUUCACAUACUCCAAGAGGCAUGUAAACAAUCCUAAUUUGCAGAACGAUACCAGCGAUACAGACAUACGGUACUUGAUCAAAUACUCCAGGAGGCACACUAGUCCUUUACCAGCAUCGAAGAUCAGAUCUUUGAAUUUAGAUCAUGAAACCGACAUGCGUGGUGAUUCUAUGUCUCAUGAGUUGCCUUUGAAUGAAGUAAUUGAUACAUACCAGGUGAAAUGUGAUGACAAGGUUACCUCACAGAUUGAGAGCUGCAAUGAGGAGGGCCGUUACUCUGUGAAAUACUUCAAGAGGCGCACAAGCAAGGUUAAUUUGCAGAAUGAUAACAUCAAUAUGGAUGCAGCGUACUUAGUAAGUUACUCAAGGAGGCACACUGGUCCUUUAUCAGAAUGCAAAACAAGACCUGCAAAGUUAGAUCAUGAAACAGGCAUGCCUUUGUCUCAUGAGUUGCCUUUGAGUGAAGCAAUGGGUCCAUGUCUUGCAAAGUGUGAUAAGGUUACAUCACAGCAUGAGAGCUGCAAUGAGGAGGGUCGUUACUCGUUGGAAUACUCAAAGAUGUACAUAGACAAGGCUAACUUGCAGAAAGAUAACAGCAAUAUAGACGUACGGUACACAAUAAAAUACUCCAAGAGGCAUGCUGAUCCUAAAAAGGAGUUGGAACAUCAGUGUGCAUGAUGCUCAUCAUAAGGUAUAUGAUGAACCUGGGAAAUGAUAGAAUGAUUCAGUGAUAUCCUUUAUUGGCAGUACAGGAUUGUGUCCAUAUUAACGUUUCUUCCUCAUUGGAUCUCUAUGUUGGUUAGUUUGGAGGACACAUUGGGACUUUGCAGUCAUCAUCGUUGCGACAAGGGCUAACCCAGUCUGGCUUUAUUUGGUCUUUGCUUUCUUCAUUUUCUACCACUUCUGGCUUGUUGUCUAUGCACAGACAAUGUUUCUUGACGCAACGGACCUUUCCUUCAACGCAAAGAACACUUCUGCAAUCCGAAUUGGCAGAGCAGAACAGGACAAGGUUUUCAUAAACGAAGCUUUGUGUCUGAGUGUCUGCAGAGAAGGUGGGGAGUACUACAGCCCCCACCCAUAUACUUACUGAAAGAUGCCACCAGAGAGACGAGUACUGCCAGAAUGAGUUGUAGGAACGCGAAGGAACUCCUUUUUUUGCACCCACGAAGACCGUUCAAAUUGCUGUGUAAAAGCUAUGAUGGGAUGUUCGGGUGCCAAUGUGUUUUAUUGCAACGGUUAUGUGUCUGGGUAUAUUAAGUUCAUUCAAUAUCAUAUGCCCAGUGGUUCCCCCUGUAGAGAUGGUCACAGGGUAGAUUGGCUAACCACACCACCCGGGUUCGAUCCCCAGAAGAUGCAAAAUUGGAAGAAUUUUAAAGAGUUAAGCGUGCUGGCAUGGGAGUAUCAAAAAUGAUGGGUGACCUUCUGGGGGUAGAUUUGGUGCAUUUCGACAUGAUGCAUUUUCAAAUCAUUUUGGUGCACCUAAAGAAAUGAGAAUGAAUCUCGUGCUUUAGAUUGUGAGAUCUAAGGGUCAGGAUUGCAUCAAAAUUAGAUGCACCAAAAUGGUUUCGAAAUGCAUCACGUCGAAAUGCACCAAAAUCCUUUGAAAAUGCACUAUCUCAAAAUCUAGGCGCAGGAUGCAAUC